UUGGUGGGCUUCCUGUUGUCUGUUUUGAACCCAUUAGAAUUAGAUAAAUCCUCACGUUACAGUUUAGUGUUUACCUAGAAACUCAUUAACAUUUUAAAUCUACACCUUUUUCCCCACGAUCAGUGCAACUUGGCACCAAAUAGCGAUGUUUCAAGAGGCGAUCAAGAAUUUCGGCAUCAACUUUGAAGCGUUAAACGAGAGAAACACCUUCUCUGGAGGCGACCUCAUAACGGGACAAAUCCGUUUCGACCUGACAAAGGAGACCAAGAUUAAUGCCAUAACGAUGAAGAUGAAAGGAGGAGCGAACGUGCACUGGUCCACAUCGUCGGGCUCGGGAAAGAGGAAAAGAAGAAAAACCUACUCUGCACGGGUGGACUUCUUCACUUAUAAAAGCGUUCUCGUGUGCAACGCGGCUGUUAAUGGGAAAACAAGACUCCCCCCUGGGACGCAUGUGUAUCCAUUUUCAUGCCAGCUUCCACGGGGAGACUUUCCUUCUUCCUUCAAUGGGAUUCAUGGACGAAUAUCCUACUCACUGACAGUGGGCUUUGACAGACCGUGGCAUCUGUCCAAGGAGUUCAUAACAGAACUGAACUUCGUGAAUCAUAUUGAUCCAAACCAGCCAGAGCUGUGGGCUCCGCUCUCAGGAUCAAACAGCAAGACACUGUGCUGCCUGUGUUGUGCGUCAGGUCCUAUCACAAUGACGGUCAGUUUGGAUAAGAAAGCCUUCAAACCUGGAGAAACUGCAAAAAUGGUGUGCAGUUUUAGCAAUGCUUCAUCUAGAACAGCUACGCCCAAGGUGAAGCUCCAGCAGAAACAGAUGUACUACACCCACAGCCGGAACAGCAAGAGGAUGGUUUUCAAGCAGCUGGCGUGGGUGAGCGGCGAGCCUAUCGGCGCUCACACCUCAGACGUUCAAUCUGAGAUCCUGCUCACUAUCCCAUCAUCUGCAUCCCUGACCGUCUCCAACUGCAGCAUCCUGGAAGUGGAUUACUUUAUAGAGGUAAGCCUCUGUGUUACAGGAUCCGCUGACCUCACUGUGCUGUUUCCCAUCAUUCUGUGUGAAGUACGUUCACACGCCCAUCCGAUGCAGUAUUCAGGAGCAAAUAUUUAGAUCGUAAAAGAAAGUGAUCGUACACAGCAUAGAAAAUCUUCCAAGAGUAUCAGAAUUUUGUAUCACCUCUGAUAUAACUGUAUGUUAUUUAAAAAUUAAAUGACAUACAGUUGCUUUUACAGUUUGUUUAUGUGUGUUUUAGCCGCUUGAAAUUUAGAUGAAAUAUAGUGGAAAAUGAUGCAUAAAAAUGCUCAAAUUGCACAAAUAAUUUAUUUUAACAGCACUAUAACAUGUGUUUGCCU